AUGGACGCGCUCUUCGCCGCAUAUGCAAGUGACGACGAGGAAUUUGACGAGGCCCUGAAAGAAGAUAAGGAACAGGAAGACGGGUUUCUUAGAAAGGGUAGAGGAGAGGAGGCAAAAGUUGCAGAUAGACGGGAGGAGAAGGAGGCGAACACCGUGAAUGAUGGAAAGGAAUACGCCUUAUCAGCAACAGCAGGAGGAGCAGCAGGAGCAGCAGUGUUGCUUCCACCUCCUCCAGAUGACCUUUUCGCUGAUCCUCAAGGUGAGGUUGCCAACAAACCGAAGGUCAAAGCGGAUUACGGAGGGAGAGUGCGAACAUUCCCCCACGUUGAGGGCAACUUCGCCGUUCAUGUCUUCAUUCCAGUCACCAUCCCUGCCUCUCUCCAGCCGCUCCUCCAAUCGCACCUCCGCACUGCCAUCAGUGCCAUCCCUGCACUGGCACCCGUGGACCCGGACUCACUCAAAGCUGCUGUUACUGGUAGUAUGAUGUUUAUCCUGCUGCUGUUGCUCUCUCUCUCCCUCCCUCCCUCCCUCCCUCCCUCCCUCCCUCCUUCCCUCCCUCCCUCCCUCCCUCCCUCCCUCCCUCCCUCCCUCCCUCCCUCCCUCCCUCCCUCACUCCCUCCCUCCCUCCCUCCCUCCCUCCCUCCCUCCCUCCCUCCCUCCCUCCCUCCCUCCCUCCCUCCCUCCCUCCCUCCCUCCCUCCCUCCCUCCCUCCCUCCCUCCCUCCCUCUUCUUUUCACUCUUUCAACUCUCGUCUCAGCCAUUGGACAAGUCAGCGUUUACUACCAACAAGAUGACUCAACCAUUGCCCUUCCCCCUCUCUUCUCGUUCCUGUCGCUGCUUGCCCUUUCUCUCACUCCUCCCCUCCUCCCCCUUCCACGGCACCAGCUUCCACAUGCAUUUGGACAAGUGGACAGCAUUUUAAUAUUCACCCGGGUGCCUUCCUCCUUGAUCCCCACUCACACACUCACACUCCCUCUCACAUUCCCUCAUACUUCCUCUCAAAUUCCCUCACACUCCCUCUCACAUUCCCUCACACUCCCUCUCACAUUCCCUCACACUCCCUCUCACAUUCCCUCACACUCCCUCUCACAUUCCCUCACACUCCCUCUCACAUUCCCUCACACUCCCUCUCACAUUCCCUCACACUCCCUCUCACAUUCCCUCACACUCCCUCUCACACCCCCUCACACCCCUCUCAAAUUCCCUCACACUCACUCUCUCCCACACACCCUCUUUACAGACAUUUUGUCCUCUCUGCCCGUUCAGCUGCCCGAACCAAUCACUCUGGGGGAGGGGCCAGGCAUCGGCUUGGCUCGGGGCAGCCAGGUCGUAUUGCCGGGCUCUGAUUGGACGCUAGGAGAUCUCGUGAAAUAUGGAGCGGACCACUCACAUGCCGCCACGAGUGUUGUGGUUCGGCUGAGGGAGGAGCUGGGAAGAGUGACUUCUGUCCCCACCAUGUUUGCUGUGGAUGAGUUCAACGCGUGGUUCACAUUUGCGGGGUUCUUUGAGUCCACAGGAGACAGAAGUCGGAGGCAGAUCCAUGCUGGAGAGAUGCGAAUGAAGCCAAUGGCGGCUGCGUUCUCCGAGUCCAUAACAGUGGGGAAGCUCCCUGCGGUGCUGCCGGGGGUGCCUAAGGGCGUGCGGUUGAACGUGCCGCGCUUCACUGUCGACGAGACGCUUGCUCUGCUGCAGCACUACCAAAAGAGCUGCAAGCUGGGCCGUGUGACGGAUAACGAGGAGGAUAUUAAAGAGGCUGCAGUGCGCGCAUGCAUGGUUACAGGAGGAAACGCUGCAAAGCUCAGAAACGUAGCAGAGCUGCGCAGGCAAGUAGCGGCCAACCCUCCUCCAGGCUUCCCUGCUGACCUGAUAGUCGUCUCUCCCCUGCUGCGCACACUGCAAACUGCAGUGGGCGCAUUUGGCCCUCCUAACGCGGCAAUUCCAGUCGACCUCCCCCCAAAAGAUGCAGCUUCCAAGAACCUUCCCGUUAUGGACGGGUGCACAGCAGGAACCAAUGGGGUGGAAGUGACAGUGCCUGCGACUGUUGUGACGGCUCUUGUGACAACCGAAGGUGGUAACCAGCACGUGCAUGUGUGCGACAAGCGCCGGCCAAUCAGAGAGAAGAAGGGCCUCUUUCCCUCUGUGGACUUCAGUCAGAUCACGGAUGACGAGGAUGUGGUGUGGAAGGUGGAGCCCAGGGAGACUCGCGAGGAGAUUGCGCAACGGGCCACUGAUCUCGCCGCAUGGCUUCUCGGGCUCAAGGAGCAAUCCAUAGCAGUCGUCUCACACAGCGGUUUCCUCCAUGCCUUCGCGACUGUUGGCCUGCCCCCGCACCUACGGCCCGAAAACAAACUUGUCUAUUUUGAGAACUGCCGGCUACGCUCGUACAUCCUCUCAGCAGAAGACUGA